CUUUUUUUGUUUGUUUUUGAUUCCCUUACUUGUCCCGAUUUUCUGAGCUUUUUUGAGUUCAAAAUGCAGACUGCUGCUGCCUCGUCCAUGCUGCGCUCGGCCACGCUGCUCCCGUCGGCAGUCGCGUCUGCCUCCGUCAUCUCACAUCCUGCUGCUGUUGCUGCUGCUGCGCGGUACGGCGGCCUCGCAGCGCGCACUGGUCUCGCCACUGCUGCCCUCCGUCCUACGCUGUCACAAGCGCCAGUUCGCCACGCCAGCCUCCAGUCGCGCCGCCAGACCAUCCCGCUCAACACGGGAAUCAAUUUUGUGCCGCAGCAAGAGGCUUGGGUCGUUGAACGCUUUGGCAAGUUCCACUCGGUGCUCGAGCCCGGAUUGAACCUGCUUGUCCCGAUUGUCGACCAAAUCCGAUAUGUGCACUCAUUGAAAGAGCUGGCGCUGGACAUUCCAUCCCAGUCUGCAAUCACUCAAGAUAACGUAACCCUGAACUUGGAUGGCGUCCUUUAUUUGAGCAUUGUGGAUCCAAAGAAGGCGUCAUACGGAGUCGAAAACCCAGAGUACGCUGUCAAACAGCUCGCGCAGACCACGAUGCGCUCUGAAAUCGGCAUGAUGAAGCUCGAUGAUGUCUUCAAGGAGCGCGCUUCACUGAACGCUCGCAUUGUAGAGGCCAUCAACAGCGCUUCGAACGUGUGGGGCAUCACGUGUCUGCGCUAUGAAAUUCGUGACAUUCAGCUCCCGGAGCGUGUUAUCGAGUCGAUGCAAAUGCAAGUCGCCGCUGAACGUAAAAAGCGCGCGGCCAUUCUCGAGUCUGAAGGUCAACGUGAGGCUGCCAUCAAUAUCGCAGAAGGUCACAAGCAAAGCAUGAUUCUGUCGUCCGAGGCACAGCGUCUCAAGCAGAUCAACGAGGCGACAGGUCAAGCGCAAGCCAUCGAGUCUAUUGCCAAAGCGACAGCUCAAUCGCUCACGGAGGUUGGCGCAGCCAUGGCUCGCCAGGGAGGUGCUGAGGCCAUGUCGUUCUCGGUGGCACAGCAGUACAUGGAGGCAUUCAGCAAGAUUGCAAAGGCCGGCAACACGAUCCUGUUGCCCGCAAACGCAACAGACCCCGCCAGUAUGGUGUCCCAAGCUCUCGCCGUUUUCAAGGGCAUUCAAGGCGUUGUGCCUUCCGCUCCAUCCGCCCUGUCUGACGUCGCAACGCGAGCGCAGCCAGCCGCACCAGCACGCGAACGCGCAAUCACCACCACCACCACCUCUACCGACACCACAAAGUCUGACUAACAUGAACGAAACGGGUUUUUUUGUUUUCGCUACCCACAACGCCGCUGCGGUGUUCUGUUUGGUAUUUGCUUGUCCAGCAGUAAAGGUCCAUGGUUGCUGUUAUGCGAUUGAGCUGUAUACCAGUCUAGAACGACACGCAGGCGAUUACAAC